CAAGAGUCACAGUCACAUCACAUCCACUACAACAGAGGCUUCGUUGGCAGAUCAGAGAGAGAGUGAAAGUUGGAAUGGCGAAAAAAGCCGUUUUGAUCGGAAUAAAUUACCCGGGCACGAAGGCGGAGCUGAAAGGAUGCAUAAACGACGUGAGGAGGAUGCAACGCUGCCUCAUCGAUCGAUACGGUUUCUCCGAAGACGACAUCACCGUUUUGAUCGACACGGACGAGUCCUACACGGAGCCCACGGGGAAGAACAUCCGGUCAGCGUUGACCAGGCUGGUCCGAUCGGCGAAGCCAGGGGACAUUCUGUUCGUCCAUUACAGCGGACACGGCACGCGCCUCCCCGCGGAAACCGGAGAGGAUGAUGACACUGGCUUUGAUGAAUGCAUUGUUCCGUCUGACAUGAACCUCAUCACUGAUGAUGAUUUCAGGGAAUUUGUUGAUGGGUUGCCUAGAGGUUGCACGAUCACAAUUGUGUCUGAUUCUUGCCACAGUGGUGGCCUACUUGAAGAAGCUAAGGAGCAGAUAGGAGAGAGCACAAAGGGAGAGGAGGAACAAUCUGGCUCUGGCUUUGGAUUUUCAAGUUUUCUACACCGGACCGUGGAAGAUGCCAUCGAGUCUCGCGGAUUCCAUAUCCCUUCAGCAUUGCGCCACAACAGAGGCAGGGAUGAUGAUGUUGAUGAAGCUCAAGAUAGGGAAAUUGAACUUCCAAAUGGGGGCUAUGUAAAGAAUAGGUCUUUGCCCCUUUCAACCCUGAUUGAUAUACUCAAGCAGAAAACUGGAAAAGAUGAUAUAGAUGUUGGGAAACUGAGACCUACACUCUUUGAUGUUUUUGGAGAAGAUGCUAGUCCUAAAGUGAAGAAGUUCAUGAAUGUUAUUUUUAACAAACUCCAACAUGGAAGUGGUGAAAGUGGGGGUGGAAUAUUGGGGUUGGUAGGUGGUCUUGCACAAGAGUUUCUCAAGCAAAAGCUUGAUGACAAUGAUGAGGGAUAUGCAAAGCCUGCAUUGGAGACAAAAGUGGAAAGUAAGCAAGAGGCAUAUGCUGGACCAACCAAACGUGGCCUUCCGGAUGGUGGGAUAUUGAUGAGUGGAUGUCAGACCGACCAAACUUCUGCCGAUGCAAGUCCUGCAGGAAGCGCUGCCAGUGCUUAUGGAGCUUUUAGCAAUGCAAUACAGGCUAUAAUUGAGGAGACUGAUGGUGCAAUCACAAACCAAGAACUUGUUCAAAGGGCAAGAGAGAAGCUGAAGAACUCCGGUUUCACUCAAAAACCGGGACUCUAUUGCAGUGAUCAUCAUGUUGAUGCUCCUUUUGUGUGUUGAUCUGUUCUCAUCUGAUGCAGAGAAAGAGAGAAUAAUAUGUGUUGUUUAUAGUCUGCUUGUGUAUUGCUGUAUAGUUGGAGACUCAAAAUGAAGUUAAUGUUUUCAUCCAGUUAUCAUAUGCUGCUCUAUUAUCAGGAAUUAUAUUCCUUCAACAUUUUAGCCCUUGUUGUGUCUUUGCUGCUACAUGACCAUUGUGCUGGGAGACCAAACUAUCAGAGCAAGUUCCAUGCACCAAACCACAGAUUUUGGCUUUGGAAGUCUGAAUAUAUUGGUGUAUGUGAAAUUAUUAAUAUCAUUAUUUAUAAAAUAUAUAGUUAAAUUUUGUAUGUCGUUUGAAACAUUCUUGCAACUUUGUAAGGAUUUUAAUUUUUGAACAAAGUUUGUAGUAUACUUACAAUGUCAAGUGUUUUUGUUUCUCUUU